CUCUUCGCCGCCGUCGUGGGUUCUUUUCGCCGUGAGUCUUUCCCCACCGUCGUGGAUGCUUGAGCUGUGCCGUUUGUGGGUUCUCUUCACCGUAGGCAACUGCCGUUGGUGGUAUUGCUUUUUCAGCGCUGUUUGUGGUGGUUAAUGGAAGUCAAGGACUGUUGAAUUUCUGAAGGCUGCAAAUACGGAACCAGAGACAGUUCUUUAUUACGAGUUCAUGCAAGAUUACAAGGUUUGUUUUGAGACUCACUUUAGUCCCUGGCAUACAUGUAUAACUCUCAGUGAAAAAGGUUUAGAAUAUGGCUGAGAAGUGUAGUUCAUCCAAGGUGCAUUUCUCUAGGCUCUAGAUAUCAUCUCAGUGACUUAGGUAUGAGAUUUAGGUUAACUUUAGGCUUCAUGUAAAGUCCUAAUUUGGUAAUUUUUAAAAUCAUGACAGUUUUUACAUUUUAACUCUCUAGGAUAGAUAUUUGAAUUCAUAACUGGAGAAUGAAAUUAUGAUUUGCUCUAUAACUAAAAGAUUGGAGUAUAUGUCAAUCAAAGUUCUUGUUCUUAAUAUUUUUCCUAAGUCGAAUCCUCGUUAGCAUAAAAAUGGAUGUCUUUCGUUUUUCUAUUUAUGUAAUUGGUAAGUAGCUUUCUACAUGAAAAUGGGGGACUUCAUUUUUGGGAUAUGCAACAAAUCGGGGCCUAAUAAUUUGUGUUGAAUAUUUUCUUUAUUUAUAUAGGGAAACUAAUGAUUCUGGAAACAUCCUCCUCAUUCACACAGAUCUCUUUUAAACUUGCCCAUGUCCUAACAACACCUUUCAUAUAUCAUAUUACUUUAUCGUUUAAUUAGUAACCUUAAAAGAUUUUUUUUGCCCAUGCCUACUCCUUUUAGUGGCAAGAUUGAUUUCCAAAUUGCUUCUCCAAACCUUACAAGGUCUCCUAGCUAACUUGGCUGUAAAGGAAAAUUCUCCACAAGGGAAGUAUUUAGCUACUAUUAUCAGGCAAUACUUGAUAGCUCGAUGCUGUCUUGAGCUGAGAAAUUGGAGUAUGUGUUGAAUUCCAACUUUACAGUGACUGUGAUCUAUAUCAAAAUUUGUAGUAUUGUUAUGAGAGAGAUCAUCAAUCCCCUUGGUUGACAAGAACUGAAGCAAUGGAUGUUAAUGACAAAUUCCGAUGGUUUAAUCUGCUCGCAUUUGGCAAAGUUCUUAAUUACAUUGAUGCUUUUUUUUCUCAACGUUCUUUACAGUUAUGCAAAAAUGCAAUUUGGGGGGCUUCAAAGAUUUUGCAGAAUCAAUAUGCGGAACCUUACAAAUUUGCUGUGUGUAAAUGUUUGCAAAGUCGAUUCAUCCGUUGUUUCCGUCAUUGGAAAGUCUGUUCAAAGAGUUCAGAAUUCUGAAAAUUAUUCAACUCUCACCUGUGCUGAUGAUGAAAUUGACAAGGGAAUGGAGAAAAUGAAACUGGCCAUGAACUUGGCCUCGCUUGUUGAAGAAUCUCUUGAUGUUGAUCUGAAAAGAUCAAAGACUCAAAUGGAACUUAAGAGAUCACUUGAAAUUCAGAUUAAGGAGAGGGUGAAGGCACAAUAUUUGAAUGGGAAGUUUUUGGACUUGAUGGGGAAAGUGAUUGCCUGCCCCACAACUCUUCAGAAUGCUUAUGACUGUGUUAGAAUUAACUCAAAUGUUGAUAUAAUGUCGAAUGACUGUUUAAUCUCAUUUGAAUCUAUGGCUGAAGAGCUUUCUAAUGGUAAUUUUGAUGUCAAUGCCAAUACUUUCUCCAUAUUAAGUUCGAGAAAAGAAGUACUCGUUUUACCGAAGAUUGAGUUGAAGGUUCUUCAGGAAGCCAUAAGGAUAGUUUUGGAGUGUGUGUUUAGGCCACAUUUUUCCAAGAUAUCUCAUGGCUGUCGAAGUGGAAGAGGACACUCAACGGCAUUGAAGUACAUCAGAAAAGAGAUAAAAAAUCCUGAUUGGUGGUUCACAAUUGACUUAAGCAAAAAGAUGGAUGAGCUUGUGAUGGCUAAACUCAUUACAGUAAUGGAGGACAAGAUAGAAGACCCCAAACUGUUUGCUGUUAUCAGAAGUAUAUAUGUGGCUGGGGCACUGAAUUUGGAGUUUGGGGGUUUCCCAAAAGGUCACGGUCUUCCACAAGAGGGAAUUUUGUCUCCUAUAUUAACAAACAUCUAUCUAAACCUCUUUGACCAAGAAUUUUUCAGAUUAUCUAUGAAAUAUGAGGCUAUUAAUGAGUAUGGUAAUACUGGUCAAGAUGGGUCACAAUCAAGGCUGCGGAGCUGGUUUAGGAGACAAUUGAAAGGAAAUAGUUCUGAUUAUCCAGGUGAGCAGAAAGACAAAAUACGAGUAUACUGUUGUCGCUAUAUGGAUGAAAUCUUUUUGGCGGUGUCAGGUUCUAAAGAUGUUGCUCUAAGUUUUAGGUCUGAGAUUUUUUAUUUCUUGCAGAAGACUUUGCAUUUGGACGUCAAUCAUCAAGAGGAGAUGGUAUCAUGUGGGGAGACUCACGGAAUUCGAUUUCUUGGUUGUUUGGUCAGACGAAGUGUGCAAGAAAGUCCUGCUGUAAAAUCUGUCCACAAGUUGAAGAAAAAAGUUGAGCUAUUUGCUUUACAAAAGCAGGAGACUUGGAAUGCUUGGACAGUGUGGUUAGGGAAGAAAUGGCUUGCUCAUGGUUUGAAAAAGGUUAAAGAGUCAGAGAUCAAGCAUUUAGCUAAAAAUAGCUCUUUGAAUCAAAUUUCCAGUUUUCGUAAAGCUGGAAUGGAAACUGAUCACUGGUACAAGGUUCUAUUGAAAAUUUGGAUGCAAGAUCUAAACGCAAGAGCUGCAGAGAGUGAAGAAAAAAUCUUAUCUAAGCAUGCAGUGGAACCUUCUCUUCCUCUGGAACUUCGAGAUUCCUUCUAUGAGUUCCAAAGGUGUGUGCAAGAAUAUAUUUCUGCUGAGACAGCUUCUACUGUUGCUCUUUUACCAAAUUAUGAUCCUUCUGUCAAACCUACUUUCAUAACUGAGAUUAUAGCACCAGUCAAUUCUAUCAGAAAACGACUUUUGCGGUAUAGGUUAGUCACAAAUAAAGGACAUCCAUGCUCCUCUCCUUUCCUCAUCUUACAAGAUAACACCCAAAUUAUUGACUGGUUUUUAGGAGUAUCUCGUCGUUGGUUUAGAUGGUACAACAAUUGUUCUAACUUCAGCGAGUUGAUCUUAAUUUGCGAUCUAGUUAGGAAAUCUUGUAUCCGAACGCUAGCAGCAAAGCAUCGUAUUCACGAAAGUGAAAUAGAAAAGAAGUUUGACUCAGAACUGAGUAAGAUGUACUCCUCUCCUGAAAUCGAGCAAGAAGAAGAGAAGUCACCAGAUACCCAUGGUUUAGACCAUGAUGAGGCACUAAAGUAUGGAAUUUCAUAUAGUGGUUUGUGUUUGCUAUCUCUUGCCAGAAUGGUCAGCCAAUCUCGUCCUUGCAAUUGUUUUGUCGUUGGAUGUUUGGCUCCUGCACCAAGUGUUUAUACUCUUCAUGUCAUGGAGAGACAAAAGUUUCCGGGAUGGAAAACUGGAUUCUCGAGUUCCAUCCAUCCUAGCUUGAACAAACGACGAUUCGGAUUAUGCAAAAAACAUUUGGAGGAUUUGUAUUUGGGUCACAUUUCAUUGCAAUCUAUUGACUUUGGUGCAUGGAAGUGAAUGGUUUUUAUUCUGCGUAUGAUCUCAUUUUACUUCUGGAUCACUUACUGGGAUAGAUUUGCUGAGAGAAACGCCAUGACUGAUUCGGUUUUUGAUUUUUCAUUUGUUCAUGGUGCCUGAUUUGUGCCAGCAUACUGAUUUUAUGGUCUCAAUGGUGUCUGAAAUCCUAAUUGGAUUGUUGCACUGAUGGAACAUUGUUAUAACCAAUUUGAAGACCAUGUUAGAACAACCCAAUGUGAGAACCAUGUUAGAACAACAUUCAGUUGAAGGGGUGAUGUUUAUAUUGAUAUCUUUGAAACCUUCUCAAUUGUUCAGAUGAAAAAUUUUAGUACGGAGAUUUGAACUUCUUAUCUCAAAGGAGUACAUGUCAAUCAUCUAUGCUCACUUUGACUGUUAUAUAGAUCGUAGAGAUUAUCAAAGACGAAGGAUGGUGGAUAUGCAAUGCGCGCUUCAAGGUGAGAAAAUUGGAAUGAGGUAGAGGUAUGUUGCGUUAUGUUAGAGCUUGAGAGGAUUCUCAUUAAACAUGACUCAGUUAGAUACAUGCCUCUGGUAAAAAUGCAAAGGUGUUCGACAAAUUUAGAAGAGUCUUCGAUCUGUGGAAAUAAAUCUACUUCAACCUGAACUCAUCCUAAUUUGCAAAAGCCCAACGCAUCUUGUUAGUGUAUUUGACAUGUCACUAGGGCGGAUCAAGAGCAUCAAUAGGAGUAAUAUGGACCAAAUUUUCGAAGUCUUUGGGAGAUUUUGGCAAGGCACAUAUGCAAGCAUAACUCUGCAUAUGCCAAGCAUGAGUAUUGUUUUCCUCCCUUGUUGAUUGAUUGAUGAAUAUUUCUUAGCUUUGAAGACCAUUGUAUUUGUAAAUUUUAUGUGCUAAAUAAGGCAAAUGAAAUACAUGUCAUAUAAAUUUGUUGUUAAGUUAUGCAGUAUUGUGAAAGAGAAGGUUUGAUUUAUUGAAAAUGUUAA